AUGCACCAUGGGCACUUUAUAUGGCCACACUCGCUGCAUGCCUCGGGGGACAAAUCAGGAUUGUUCAAAUGCAAGUUGCCGGAAACAUGGCAAUACCACCAGCCUGUCAUUGAGGGACGUGCAGACAGUUUGGGUCCAUCAGCUGGGUGCACAUCGCGUUUCAUAACCGUAAAGCUCGCCCGAGUAAGUGUAUUGUCACUAGAAGAGUGGUGCGUUGGCGAUAAGGUUGAGUCCAUCGCAAUUACAGCACCUCCAAGUGUCGUUGUAAACUCGAACCAUUUUGGGAGGCAGGAAAGCGAAAACGAUGCGUUUGGAGAAAGACGCGGAAUGACGAAAGAUGAACAGAAACAAGGUCGCUCAAUUGGAGGCAGCCGGCAAUUUGACUUUGGGCAACGACGAUCAGCUGCCGCUAAUAAUGUCACUCGCAUUUCUCGUGCUAAUUACCUGACGGGGAGAGCCAUGAAAGGGGAAAUACAAUGUGACAAGGGAAGAGAUACUGAAUAUCCAUAUGCGCCCCUUGCAGAGGCGGUCUCAAGCGAACAACUAGGCGGUACUAAUGUGGUGUUCCACCUGAUACCUUUGUCACAAGCGCCUUGGAUCGCAGCGCCGUCAUGUUCAACCUCUCCAUCAGAAAUCUUUGCCCAAUCGUUUGGGCACAGGACGAUUGUGUAUGCCAACAGCGGGGAGGGCUCACUCAAGCACUCUUGGCCUCAAAUGAGGGUUCAACGCCUGUUCGAGGAUAGAAAGGUGGAGCCUCAGUUGGAGAGGGGCGUGCAAAGCCACUCCUCGAUGGGAAAGAAAAUCACCCUGGCGAAUAGUGAGGCAAUAUGGGAAUCCGAAAUUCGGCGAGCUGUGGCUUGUACAAGACCAAGAGUGUCGGCCUUGCGAUCCCGCCAGUUUUGGUUGUGCAUCGAGGGACCUCGAGAGAGAAACUUUUCUCUCAUGCUGCGAGUUAAAAUCGGGUUUGACCCACUGCCUGGCACCACAUUCACCGCUUUCUAA